CAACAAUGACGCAGCGAGAGCAGACAGAACGAACAUGAUCACGGAUGUCCUGAAAGAGCGAGUCAUGAUCAUGGACGGCGCCAUGGGCACAAUGAUUCAGCAGUUCAGCCUCGACGAGGCGUCGUACCGGGGAUCGGAGUUCGCCCACCACGAUAGGCCUCUUCAGGGCGACAAUGAUCUGCUGAACUUGACCAGACCCGACAUCGUUAUGGAGAUACACAAGCGCUACCUGGAAGCUGGAGCCGACUUCGUAGAGACAAACACUUUCAGUUCGACGUCUGUAGCUCAAGCGGAUUACGGACUGAGUCACCUGGCCUACCGUCUUAACCUGGAAGGUGCCAGGCUAGCUCGCCAAGCCUGCCAGCAAAUAGAAGCACAAUCAGGCCUUCCGAGGUUCGUGUGCGGCGCGCUGGGACCGACCAACCGGACACUGUCGAUAUCGCCGUAUGUUGACAGACCGCACGAACGCAAUGUAUCUUUCGACGAACUGAGCGCCGCCUACGGCGAACAAGUGCGUGGUCUCAUUGAUGGAGGAGUGGACGUGCUCCUCGUCGAAACUGUUUUCGACACGGCCAACUGCAAGGCGGCCUUGUUCGCUAUACAAGAAUACUUCGAAACAUCUGGAAAGAGUCUCCCUGUCUUUAUUUCAGGGACUAUCGUCGACAAAAGUGGACGAAAUUUGUCAGGCCAAACUUGCGAGGCAUUCGUUCUGAGCGUCAGUCACGUGAAGCCCCUCUGCAUUGGUCUCAACUGUGCCCUCGGAGCCAAUGAAAUGCGUCCGUACCUGAAGAACAUGUCAGUUUUCACGGACGCUUACGUUAUCUGCUACCCCAACGCUGGCUUGCCUAACGAGUUUGGCGAGUACGACGAGACUCCCGAAGACAUGGCAGACAGUAUCAAGGAGUUUGUCGAGAGCGGUUUGGUGAACGUAGUUGGCGGCUGCUGCGGGACGACGCCGAAACAUGUCCGCGCCAUCGCGGACGCCGUGAGAGGUCUGAAACCUAGGACCCCACCGGUUGCUGCAAGAAGAGGUUGCCUCAGCCUUUCCGGGCUGGAAGCCGUGAUAAUCACGUCGGAAACGUUGUUUGUGAAUGUCGGCGAGCGUUGCAACAUUGCCGGGUGUCGAAGGUUCGCCGAGAUGCUUCGUCAGGGGAAAUACCAGGAUGCGCUGCAAGUGGCCAAGGAGCAGGUGGAGAUGGGGGCGCAGAUAUUGGACAUCAACGUCGACGACGGAAUGAUUGACGGAGUGAAAGCGAUGACGAAGUUUCUCAACUUGAUCGCCAGCGAGCCUGAAGUAUCCAAGGUUCCCAUCUGCAUCGACUCGUCAAACUUUGACGUGAUUCUGGCCGGGCUCAAGUGCAUCCAGGGAAAAGGUAUUGUCAACUCUAUCAGCCUGAAAGAAGGCAAGGAGGAAUUUCUCAAACAGGCACUGACGAUAAGAAAGUUUGGCGCAGCGGUUGUGGUCAUGGCUUUCGACGAAGUUGGCCAGGCCACCGAUGAAAACCGCAAAGUGGAGAUAUGCACGAGGUCGUACGAGGUCCUUGUUCAGGACGCAGGAUUCGACCCCAGUGACAUCAUCUUUGAUCCUAACAUCCUGACUGUCGCAACGGGAAUGUCGGAGCACGCCAAUUACGCGGUUGACUUCAUCAAUGCCACUCGUCGAAUUAAAGCGACUCUGCCGGGGGCCCGAGUCAGCGGCGGAGUGUCCAACCUGUCCUUCGCGUUUCGUGGUCACGACCGCAUUCGGGAAGCAAUGCACAGCGUCUUUCUUCUACACGCAAUUGACGCCGGCAUGGAUAUGGGUAUCGUGAAUGCCGGAUGCCUUCCCGUCUACGACAGCAUAGACCCUGAACUGCUCGCCCUCUGCGAAGCAGUCGUCAUGAACACGGAUCCAGAGGCCACGGAGAAGCUUCUGGAAUACUCCAAGGGCUUGAGCAAAGAAGGCAAUCGCAAAGAGGCCGAUGACGGCUGGCGAAGCGCUUCUGUUGAGGAGAGAUUGAAGACUGCAUUAAUCAAGGGGUUGGACUCUCACAUUGAAGAGGACGUCGAGGAAGCCCGCAAAAAGAAGGACACUUAUCCGCUCACCCUAAAUAUCAUCGAGGGACCAUUGAUGACGGGCAUGAGCAUCGUUGGGGACCUGUUCGGCGAAGGAAAGAUGUUCCUGCCCCAAGUGAUCAAGUCAGCGCGGGUGAUGAAAAAGGCGGUCGCCUACCUGGUCCCAUUCAUGGAACGGGAGAAGGAGGAGGCGAGGAAGCUUCUGGGGAGCUCGGCGACAAACAAGGUUAGUCACUCCGGUGUCGUCGUUUUGGCUACGGUCCGUGGUGACGUUCACGACAUUGGGAAGAACAUCGUGGCGGUCGUCUUGGGAUGCAAUAACUUCAAGGUUAUUGACCUCGGCGUCAUGGUCCCGUGCGAGAAGAUACUGGACGUCGUUCGAGAAGAGAAUGCUGACAUCCUAGGCCUAUCCGGUCUCAUCACGCCAUCACUGAACGAAAUGAUCCACGUUGCGACGGAGAUGGAACGACAGAAGUUCUCCGUGCCGCUGCUCAUAGGAGGCGCCACGACAUCGAAGCGCCACACAGCAGUGAAGAUAGCACCAUGUUACCGCCAACCGGUGAUUUACGUUCCCGACGCUUCGAAAAGUGUCGUCGUGUGCACUUCUCUGCUGGACGCUAUGAAAAGAAAGGCGCUCGUCGAAGACAUUGACGAGGAGUACGAGGAACUCAGAGAGGACUACAUGGACUCGCAAAGGGAAAGGAAAUACGUCUCUCUGGAAUAUUCCAGGCAGAACAGACUUCGACUCAACUGGAACGCUGAUUUCAGCCCAAUAAAGCCACAGUUCUUGGGUACAAAGAUUUUUCACGACAUCGACAUCGAAGAGCUGGUGCCUUACAUCGACUGGAAGCCAUUUUUCGACGUGUGGCAGCUGAAAGGAAAAUAUCCCAACCAGCGAUACCCGAAAAUAUUUGAAGAUGACGAUGUGGGCGAAGAAGCGAGAAUGUUGUUUGACGAAGCCAAUCAGAUGCUUACCGAAAUCAUCGAUCGCAGAGUGCUUCGAGCACGUGGUGUUGUCGGUUUUUAUGCGGCCAACAGUGUCGGUGACGACAUACAUCUCUACGUUGAUGACAGCUUCCCCAGGAGACAGGCAGUUGGCACCUUGUAUGGGCUUCGGCAGCAGGCCGCGAAGAGCAAACCGUCGCCCUUCUACUGCCUGUCGGACUUUGUGGCACCUCUGGAGAGUGGCAUCCAAGACUACGUUGGCCUGUUCGCGGUGUCCGCUGGAUUUGGAUGUGAGGAAGCCUGCGCUGGUUAUAGAAAGAAAAAUGACGACUUCAAGGUGAUCAUGACAGAAGCCCUCGCUGACAGACUGGCAGAGGCGUUUGCUGAAAUACUACACGCCAAAGUGAGGAAAGCCUACUGGGGCUACUCGCCGCACGAAUCCCUGGAGGGAGCGGAACUGCAUUCCAUCAAAUACAAGGGCAUCAGGCCCGCACCCGGCUAUCCAUGCCAGCCGGACCACUCGGAAAAGUUGACGCUGUGGCGCCUGAUGAACGUCCGGGAGGCCGUGGGUAUCGAGCUGACCGACACGCUGGCCAUGCGCCCGGCCGCAUCCGUCUGCGGUCUCUACCUGGCACAUCCGCAGGCCGUUUACUUCGCCGUGGGCCGCGUCAAGCGCGAGCAGGUCGAUGACUACGCCAGAAGAAAAGGCACCACUUUCGAAGAAACACGAAAGUGGUUGGGCCCUAUACUGGACACAGAUUGAAGUCUGGACUUGACUGGUGGACUUGAGGAUUGCCCUUUUCUUACGCAGUCGUGUGACUUGGCUGCCGACUGAAAGUCAACAUGGGCGACAAACUUCCAACAACCUGAUGUACACUUUGGUAUUCUUGCUACAACGAAAGACUGAGAGAUUGCCGCAACGGUGGUAAAGUGGUAGAGCGUCCACAUCCAAUGCGGAAGGUAGUGGGUUGGAUUCCCGGCGCCGUCGGGCACAUUUUUGUAAUGGGGAGACAUGCACCUUGAUAGGGCGCUCGGUGGUGCCUACUAAACUUGAUAAAGUGGUCUCUCCUUUCCAUUCUCUAUCUUCACCACUCCUCCGAUUCGCUACG